CAGGCUACAUUUCGCAAAUAUAACGCGCGAGGCGAUUAAGGCUUUUCAUUUAUAUCGACCCGUAGCGUAACAACGAGGGGAUAGCGCUUGAAAAUGCUUCCGUCUCUAGCCAGCAAUUCGUGUGUCCGGUUGAUACAGAGUCACAAAUCGACGUGGUAUUUUGUAUCUCUAGUCUUGGGGUAUUCCCUUUAUCUCGUAUUCGGCGCUGUGGUCUUCUCCGCGAUUGAGCUGCCUUAUGAGGACCUCCUGCGCCAGGAUCUGAGGGCCGUUAAAAAACAGUUCCUUCAGGAAAAUGAAUGUCUAUCAGAGGAGCGUCUGGAGCGCUUUCUAAAGAAAGCCCUGGAUGCCAGUAAUUAUGGGGUUUCCAUCCUCAAUAACGCAUCGGUCAACUGGAACUGGGACUUCACUUCUGCCCUGUUUUUUGCGAGCACUGUGCUGUCCACCACAGGAUAUGGUCACACGGCACCACUGUCAAAUGCCGGGAAGGCCUUCUGCAUCAUCUACUCGGUGAUUGGCAUCCCCUUCACCUUACUCUUCCUUACGGCUGUGGUGCAAAGGAUCAUGGUGUUCAGCACGCGGAGGCCGAUCAUGUACAUCCACAGGCGCUGGGCCCUGUCCAAGCCACUGGUGGCCAUCGUUCAUGCCAGUGUGCUCGUCACAUUUGUCAUCUGUUGCUUCUUUCUCAUCCCCGCCGCCAUCUUCUCAGCGCUGGAGGAGAACUGGAACUUCCUGGAGUCCUUCUACUUCUGCUUCAUUUCCCUCAGCACCAUCGGCCUGGGUGACUACGUACCCGGAGAGGCCCUGAAUCAGAAGUUCAGGGAGUUCUACAAAGUGGGCAUCACUGUCUACCUGAUCCUGGGUCUGAUUGUCAUGCUGGUGGUGCUGGAGACCUUCUGCGAGCUGCAGCAACUGAAGCAGCUGAGGAAGAUGUUCUACCUGAAGAAGGAGAAGCCGCAGGACCGCCUCUCCAUUUUGGAGCAUGACCACCUGUCCUUCACCACUGUGUCGAACCGAGCCAUGGCCUACUCUGAGGGAAAAAUCCAGUCGUUUGCUAGUGUCCCAAACUCAACUGUCCUCUCCCAAUGACGAUCCCAUGAUCCAGUAAACAUCGACGGAGCAAACAUCUACUGGAGGACGACAAUGUGACAGUAGGGGGUCAUUCACACCAUGAUUUAAGUACAUAGAAUGAGUAGAUCAUGAGUCUCAGCUGUAGGCAUUCUGCACAUUUUAGUAGUAUAGCUAGUUGAAACGAUACAGCGCAAGCAAAUAAUCUCCUUCAUCACACCAGAAUACUGACAACAUCAGUGAUAAAAGAAAAGCCUAUUGCUGUACGUACGACUCACAGAAGACACGCUCCUUUAGGAGCUAUUUAUUGCAUAUUUAGGAACAUUUUCUAAAGUAAUUGGUCUCUUAAAUCUUGCUGAAAUAUAGGACACAUCUCUGCAGUCUGUCACAAAAUAGAACAUAAACAUGUAUGUAUCUUUCUAAUUAGAGAUGCCUGAUAGUUAUAUGUGGAAUGUUUUAAGAUGUACAAUAUAGUGCCAUCUAGAAUAAACACUUGCAUGAAAGAUGAGCCAAAGUGCAGCAAAACCAUAAGGACAACUCAAGUAAUCAUUUGAUUUCUGAUAUUGUUAUGCCUCUGCGACGGCAACAGAAAGAUUGGUGUUGUCCGUCCGUCUGUUCUCCUUCCUUCCGUCCACUCGGCUCUUGUGGCGUCUCCGGAACGCCUUGAGGGAAUUUCUUAAAUUUUAAUCCAAUCGUCCAAGGAGGAACUGAUUAUAAUGUGUUGGUCGAAGCUCACUGUAAUCUUACAAAACAGGUUUUUAAAAUGUUAAUUAUGUCAAUUUAGUCUGAUAGGAUAAAACGAUACCGCGAAGCAGUUAUUUUAGUUUUACAUGAAACUUUGAGACGACAAUUUGGUUAAUGUGCCAUGUUUGAUGUUUCAUGGCAUUGAAAACUGAUGAAAUUCCAUUCAUGGGUUAAUUCUGACAUGCAGUCCAGGAUUAUUUUCAGUUGGAUUGGCUCCUAGAUAUUUUUUAUGAAAAGAUUCAAGGCCAAUUUUUCUAUUGCAUAAUGUGUUUCACAUGGUUGACAUAAAGAGAGCGUGCAGUCAAUCCUGAACAAAGCAUCUGAAAGAAGAGACAGUAUAUUUUAUGAACUACAAGAAGAAGAUAUUCUGUAAACCUAAUUUUUUAUACAAAGUUUGCGAUUAAUAGGCUUUGUUUAAAAAACUGCCAAGAAAAAACACAAUUUAACUGUUUAUGUUUUGUAGCAUUUCUGGCUCAUCUUUAUGGGGGUGUCAACUAUUCUUUUUGGACUUCAUGGUUUUUACACAUUUCAUUGUGAAGAAUAGUAUUUUUGUCUGCAAGUAUGUAUAUUUUCUCAAAAUGUUGCAGUCCUAUUUCAAAAGUUGUCCACGUGAGAUGAUAAGCACUAUAAUUUAUUGAUUUGUCUGAGUGGCUUAACUUGCUUAACUUGCUUGACUGUUUGAAAAGGGAAAUCGAGGUUAGCCGAGCUGGGAAAGGGAAGCACCGAUUGCUGGCUGAGUUGUUGCAUUUUACCGUCAAUAAAGAGCUCAGUUUGCACACGUAGAGGAGCCAGGCUGAAACACAGAAACAGAUCACUGUUUGGGACUUCUCAGAAAGAAAAGGGACAUAGUUCCAAAGGUGUUAUCUGUAAAAAGAGAAAACGGAACAUAUAUAUAUAUAUAUAUAUAUAUAUAUAUUAUUGAAGAAGAAAAACAAUAAUGACAGAAAUAAUCAAAAACAAAUGGUACUUUGAUGUCAGACAUAAACUAUGUUACUGUAUAAUUUGAAUGUAGACAUUUCUAUUUACAUUUUUCUGGUUAUGUACUUGAAUUUGAAGCUUUGAAAUCCAGUAGCAGGGGUGCAGCUCCAACCUUCACAUCGACCACAUCAGUUUUUAAUCUGCUCAUCAACCAAGGAUGGAACUUUCCAUGAUUUGGAUUUUUAAACCAGUGGAUAUACACAAUUACAGUUUUGUAUGAAAUUGACAUUGCACUCAUGCGCAUUUAAGAAGCAACAUUUGUAUCUGGAGGAAGAAUUAUGUGUCGAAGUACUUCAUUUCAUUCCAUUAGCCACCCUUUAAUGUUCUGUUUGACGUCAAUAGACACGUUCAGUGUAGCUGCAUACUGCUGCAAUGCAGAUUUAUAUAGACUUUUUAAGUACAUUUAAUAGAAAGUCUGUCUCAGUCUCUGUGUGGAAAUGACGUGACCUCAUCUUUCUCUGCUACAUCGUGACAUAGUCACAGCCUUUUCUGAAUUCUUGAAUGUAAUGUUCUUCAUGCCGUUUGUUGCAGUGAGAUUCAAGGCCCGAGUGCAGCUUUACUCCUCGCUGCUCUGCUGGCUCUGUUAGUUUAUUUGAAUCGGUGAGCUGUAGCACGGUGUCAUGACCGCUUGCAAAAUUAGCUUUGAGUGUGUCAUCAUCUGAGUUACUCACUGAUCUUUAAUUUAGUAUUUUAUAGAGCAGUGGGAUUUUAGUUUUUUCCCCCCCACCAGUCUGGGCCUUCGCGUAAACUAUGAUGCAUUGAAACUGUUCAUAUUGUCUGCUGAGAAAAAAACAGAACUUGAAUUUUGUGAAGGUGGGGUUUCUCUUUUACUGUAAGAUGUUUCACUGUUUGUACAUACAUUACGUAGACUGUUGUCAAGGCUUCUAACCUCCAGCCUAACUGUGUUUGGCAGUGUUUCUCAUGCACAUGCAGUCUGUCUCGAGGGUGAAGACUGUCAGGUACAGUAGUUCUGUUCAGGGAGUAAACAUUGUUUCAAGGACUCCAAAUGGGAGCACACUGACAUUAUUUAUUUAUGCGGUCAAAAGUAACACGUUUGGAAAAUGUGGGAUCACAAAUUUCUGUACAUAUCUCAUCAGUUGUGGAUUCAUGUGCACCAGUGAGAAUUGUAGGAUUGCCAUGAAGCACCGAGGUUUUCUGUCAAGUUCAUCUGAGCAUAAGAAGUGAAUCCAUGAACUGUAAAAUAUCAGUGUCUUAAAUAAAGUGUUGGUUGAAUCUGA